UCGAGCGCGGGGCGGGGACUGUUUUGGUCUCUAGCCCGUUUUGCUAAGACUAGAAGCAGCAGCAGCGGUGGUGGCGGCGCACGAGACGGGCAGCGAUUGGACCGAAGCGCCGACAGCCUGUCUCCAUGACCCUGUGAAACCUCGCAUCAGAGAAAGGGCAGGAUGCCCCAGGAGGCUCGGGACGCGUGGAUCUGACUUCUGCUGAUCCCAUGGCUUUACUGCCCUGCCCACGAGGAGGAGACUGAUGGUAUGGGAAUGAUGGACUUGGCCAACGGGCAGCUGGGCGCCGUCUCCGUAGCUGCUCCUGAGCAGGGGGCCAGCAGCUCGGAGUCUCUCAGCGAGCAGGCCUCGUCGGAGCUGAAGAAGAGCUUUGAUGCCGUGGUGUUUGAUGUCCUCAUGGUGACCCCUGAGGAGUAUGCGGGCCAGAUCACGCUGAUGGAUGCCCCCGUCUUCAAAGCCAUCCAGCCGGAGGAGCUGUCGAGCUGCGGCUGGAAUAAAAAAGAAAAGCACAGCUCUGCCCCCAACGCUGUGGCAUUCACGAGGAGGUUUAACCUGGUCAGCUUCUGGGUGGUCCGUGAAAUUCUUCAUGCGCAGACCCUGAAAAUCAGGGCCGAAGUGUUGAGUCAUUACAUCAAAACAGGAAAGAAACUCUGCGAGCUCAAUAAUCUGCACGCGCUGAUGGCCGUGGUGUCCGGGCUGCAGAGUGCGCCCAUCUUCAGGCUUACCAAGACCUGGGCGCUGCUGAGUCGCAAAGAUAAAACCACCUUUGAGAAACUGGAGUACCUCAUGUCCAAGGAGAACAAUUACCAGCGGCUGCGAGAGUACGUGGGCAGCUUGAGCAUGACGCCAUGCAUCCCCUACCUAGGAAUCUACCUGUCGGACCUGACCUACAUCGACUCGGCCUACCCCUCCACCGGCAGCAUCCUGGAGAAUGAGCAGCGCUCCAACCUGAUGAACAACAUCCUGAGGAUCAUCUCGGAUCUGCAGCGCUCCUGCCAGUACGACAUCCCCCUUCUGCCGCACGUGCAGAAGUACCUCAACUCGGUGCAGUACAUUGAGGAGCUGCAGAAGUUUGUGGAGGACGAGAACUACAAGCUGUCCCUGAAGAUUGAGCCUGGCACCAGCACACCACGCCCAACUGCCUCCCGGGAGGAUCUGCUGGGCCCAGAGGCAGCUGCCUCUCCACAGAGCGGACGGCGGAAUCCGGCAGCGGAAGGACCCCUGGUGCCCUCCACCCCGCCCUCCCCGCGCAAUCUACUCCCCUAUGGACACAGGAAGUGCCACAGCCUGGGAUACAACUUUAUUCAUAAGAUGAACACGGUGGAGUUCAAGAGCGCCACCUUCCCCAACGCGGGCUCGCGCCACCUGCUGGACGACAGCGUGAUGGAGAGCCACACCCCGUCUCGGGGCCAAGCCGAGAGCUCCACUCUCUCCAGUGGCAUCUCGCUAGGCAGCAGCGAAGGAUCUGAGCUCAGCGAGGAGAUGUCCUGGCCGGCCUUUGAGAGGAACCGCUUCUAUCAUUCCCUCGGCCCCGUCACCAGAAUCCCCCAUCGAGGACACCUGAAAGCCAGCAGCUCUGCGGAGUCCGAGGAUCUGGCGAUACACUUGUAUCCGGGAGCGGUCACGAUCCAGGGGGUCCUGCGCAGGAAGACUCUGCUGAAAGAAGGAAAGAAGCCCACGGUGGCCUCCUGGACCAAGUAUUGGGUGGCCCUGUGUGGGACUCAGCUCUUCUACUAUGCAGCCAAGUCGCUGAAGGCUACAGAGAGAAAGCACUUCAAGUCCACCUCAAGUAAGAGCAUGUCUGUACUUGGAUGGAUGGCAGUAAUGGCCGAUGACCCUGAGCACCAAGACCUGUUUCUGCUGACUGACUCUGAGCAUGGAAACUCUUACAAGUACCAGGCUGGGAACAGAAUGAACGCCAUGCUGUGGUUCAAGCACCUGAGCGCUGCCUGCCAAAGCAACAGACAGCAGGUCCCCACAAAUCUCAUGUCGUUUGAGUAGCCGCUGCUUCAGCACAAAUGCGCUCUCCCCCUGGAGAAACGCCCGGCGGCACCACUGGUAGGUGAGGGACACACACCUGUCCACAUUUGCACUGAGCCGAAGAGGAGGAGCCACUGCCUUACGGACCUGUUGGGGGGGGGUGUGUGCCAUGUGUGCCAGCUGCCCGGAAGCACCUCGUGAGCAGGGGGUGGCACCUCGACUACUUUGCUUGGUCAUAUUUCAGAGUGGCAGGGCACUGGCAUUCCUGGAGGCCUGACGACGAGGGGAGCGGCGCCCUCGGCUCGUCUCGUGCUCCUGCCCGCUCCUCCCUUCUCUGGUUAGCAGUAUUAAUGUGCGCCGCGCCGCGCGCCCCGACGGAUUUUAGCGAUGCUGCAGUUUUGUACCUUUUUGUGUCCUUUUCGUUUUCAGAUUUUUAUUUUUGGGUUUUUCUCUCUCUGUGCACCGUUGAUGGAGCGGAGCGGCUGUAGCUUAGCCUGGCAGGCCGUCCGCUCCGGAGAGCUGGCAACGCAGUGGAUGCCUUGCUGUAUUUAUUCACUGCCAAGCCUGACGGGCGAGGGAGGCUUGAGGGCCUGCGGCAAAGAAAUCUCUAUUUUUAUGUGUAGCCUUUGGAACUUUAUUGGGUGGGCCAGUCAGUGCGGGACCCUCUCACGUUACAGAGCUGCGCCGUGACCUCUCCGUCUGUCCGUCUCGAGAUUGAGAGCGAUGUGCGCUCCCCUUGCUGGGUGUGCCCCUUGGGGAAGCCAGCCUUUCCUAUUGUAAUAAAGGAAGUGAAUUGUU